AAGACAAUUUAAAACCAGAAAGACUGAGCAAAGGAUCUAACUUUCUUUUCGUUCUUAGUGCGCUUAAUCUCUGAAUCAAGAAAAAUCAAAUAAAAAAAAAAAAGAAAAAGGAAAAGAAAGUAGAAAUGGGUUUCUUGUUAGGGUGCUCUUGCUAUUUGCAAGCUCCCUUACCCAACUCUCAGGUACUGUUUUCUUCUUCUCAAUCCGUUUUCUUUAACAUCAGAAAUGCAGAAACCAAGAGAAGAAGGAUAAGCAUCAGGCCUCCAAUGGCUGCUCUGACCCAUGAAGACCCAAACGACGACGUUUCCAGCAAGAGGAGGGCGGUUCUUCUUGUGGGUAUUUCCAUUCUUCCUUUCUUGCAACUCAGAGCCAAAGCUCUUGAAGGCUCCUCCUUAAGUAAAGAGAGGCAGAGAAAGAGUAAAAGUAGAGAAGAAGAAGGAACAAGAGAGCUGCCAAUGGCAGUUGCUAGCGAUAAAGCACUGGUAAACAAACCAGAGGAAAACCAAAUAGCAGAAAUUGAUCUAAACAAACCAGAAGAAAACCAAAAGACAGAGGAAGCACAGGGAGAUUCACCAUCUAAUCCCUUUCUAUCCCUCUUGAAUGGUCUUGGAGUAUUUGGUGCUGGUGUGCUUGGUGCGUUCUAUGCUUUGGUUUGGAAGGAGAAGAAAGCAGCUGAUGAAACCCUAGAAUUAAUAAAGAUCAAAUUGCAAGAAAAGGAAGCUGCAAUUUUGUCAUUGGAGAAAGACUUUGAAUCAAAGCUGCUAAAUGAACAGGAAGAACGAACCAAGCAACUCAAAGAGGCAAAGGGAGAACAGCUGUCUUUAAUGGAUCGACUAAAUUCAUCUAACAAUACAAUUACAGGCUUAGGACAGGAACUGAAAAAUGAGAAGAGGUUAAUUGAGAAGCUUAAAGUUCAAAUAGACAGUCUUCAAAGAAACCUCUCAAAGGCUGGGGAAGAGAAAAGAUCUCUUGAACAAGAACUGAAGGAAAAGCUUGAUUCAGUUGAUGUCCUGCAAGAAAAAAUUAACUUGCUCAGUUCAGAACUUAAUGAUAAGGGAGGUAAUAUUCAAAAGCUCAGCUCUUCCCUUGUUCAAAAAGAAUCAGAGUUCAAGAACUUGAACACUACCUACAAGCAAACCAUGGAAGAACUUGGGAAAGCACAUUCAGAGAUUGAAGGAUUGAAAGAUGAAUUACUAAGAAGUCAAAGUGAGCUUGAAUCCAAAAAUUCUGCAGUGGAUGAAUUAAAUUCAAGGUUAAGCUCUUUAAUGGUUGAAAGAGAUAAUUCUAAGCAGGAAUUUGGUGCUCUUCAAGAGGAUUACAAUGAUCUGAAACUGUCUUCUGUAAAUAAGGCAGCGGCAGAUAUUAAGCUUUUGGGGGAAAGAGAAAAAGCAAUUCAACUGCUGAAGGAAAAACUUGAGCUUGCUCUAAAUGAUGUAAGUGAAAAUAAAGGAAUUGUUGUUGAUUUGAACAAGGAAAGGGAACACCUGAAGAGAGCACUGGAGGUGGAAUUGCACAAUGUAACGAAGCUGAAAGAAGAACUCCUACUUGCUGAGGAAACUCUUGCGAAGUCCAGAAGUGAGGCUUCUGAUCUGUCCAAGCAACUAAAUCACUCAAGAAAUCAUAGUAAAGAGCUUGAGUCUGAGGUUUCAAGGGUUAGGGCUGAGUUUGAUGAAGCUAAAUUAAGACUGCAGGGUAGUCUUGUUGAGGCAAAACAAAGUGGUGAAGUUCUAGCCGGUGAGCUCACAACUGCUAAGGAGCUUCUGAAGAAAUCUAGGGAGGAGCUGCAGAUUUUUUCUCAUGACCUGACUUCUACGAAAGAAAAUUGUGAUAGCCUCCAGAGGGAAUUGGUAGAUGCCUAUAAAAAGGCAGAAGCCACAGCCAAUGAUUUGAAAGAAGAGAAAAAGAUUGUUUCUUCUUUACACAAAGAACUACAGGCUUUGGAGAAGCAGAUUGCGAUGGACAAGGAAGCUAGAAAAUCACUUGAAACCGACUUGGAAGAGGCUACCAAGUCACUUGAUGAGAUGAAUCGAAAUAUAUUGAAACUUUCUGGAGAUCUUGAAAGGGCUAAUGCUACAAUAUCUAGUCUUGAGGAUGAGAAAAUGGUGCUCUAUAAAACACUUACAGAGCACAAGAAUGCAUCCAAAAAAGCCCGAGAAAACAUGGAAGAUGCUCAUAACCUUGUCAUGGCACUUGGCAAGGAAAGGGAGAGUUUGGAAAAGCGAGCGAAGAAACUUGAGGAAGAAUUGGCAUCUGCUAAGGGUGAAAUAUUACGGUUGAGGAGUCAAAUAAAUUCAUCCAAAGUUCCUGUAAAUGAUCAGCAUCAACAGAAAGGUGAAACUGAAACUAAUGUCAGUGUCAGCGCAAGGAAAACUAGCAGAAGGAGAAAAGGUAGCUCACGAUGAGGCUGUGAGCCAUCCCGAGUUCUAAUACUCCUCCUAGAUUUUUAUUGUUGCUCUGACAAUUUUUCGCAACACCAUUGUAUUGUUACCGUAUAAAUCUGACACCGAGGUAUGCUGAUUAAGGAAUUUACUUCAUACUGAUGAAAUACUAACGCAGUUUCUCUCUUUUUUUUUCAACAACAAAGAAAACAUCAAGCUUUGCAUGUUCAUUGGGAAUUAAGAUUCAUCUCUUGGGAUGAAAAUUGCUUAAGAGAACAAUUAAACUGACAGUAGAAAACAUAGCUUU